AUGGCACCUGCAAGCAAAGCACCAGCCGCUCCCCAAGUAGACGAAGAGACUAUGAACGCGAUAAGAAAGCGUCUUAUCGAGACGGGCGACUGGGAAAGGUCGGUUCCUACUCGCCUCCCCCUCUCCCCCUGUGCGCAAUCUACUGAUACGCGUAACACGUCGGCCCUCCUUUCUCUGCGCUUGGAUGCUGUGCUGGACGGCGGCGAUGAGCCAUCCGAUCUGGAAGGCUCUAUGGGCUUGGCUGGACUGGACUGGGCUGACGCACGCAGAAUAUCGGGGUUGUUGAGGGACAAGCUGGAGGAGGUUGGGUUUGCGGAUGAUCUGAAGGAUUUCGCGAAAGAGCGAGCUCGGCAACAGGAGGAUCCCAAGCUCGAGGCGUUGCUAGCGGAAGUGUUACCCAAAGCUAGGGAAAUGCUGGACCCAUCAUUACGAGCGGCGGUGGUACAGGAAAUUGGAGUCGCUCUCGAGCGUGAGGUGGAGCCGGCGUAG